AUGGCCUCCCGUGUCUUCGCCUCCCGCCUGGCCUCCCAGAUGGCCACCAAGGCUGCUCGCCCUGCCAUGCGUGCUCCUCUCGCCGCUGCCAAGCGCACCAUCACCACCGGCAGCCCCAUGCAGGCCAUGAAGCGCCAGACCAUCCAGGCUGCUGGCCGCAACGCCUUCCAGGCUCAGCGCCGCGCCUACUCUUCCGAGAUCGCCCAGGCCAUGGUUGAGGUCUCCAAGAACUUGGGUAUGGGUUCUUCUGCCAUCGGUCUGACCGGUGCUGGUGUUGGUAUCGGUGUCGUUUUCGCUGCCCUCAUCAACGGUGUUGCCCGCAACCCCGCUCUCCGUGGCCAGCUCUUCUCUUAUGCCAUUCUGGGUUUCGCUUUCGUUGAGGCCAUCGCUCUUUUCGACCUCAUGAUUGCCCUGAUGGCCAAGUUCACCUAA